AUGGGUCGAUGGGAGACGCCGGCUCUCGCUCUUUGUGCCUUCUGCUUAACUUCCGCAGCAGCAUCCCCUGUUUUGAAAGAUGGGCUAUGGUCUAGAAUCGGUCUUCAACUGCCUGAUAUUGCCGAACAUGGCAUAAACGUGCAUAGAAAUGGGCCAGGCGCUAGAUUUAAGCAGGAGGAAACCGAGAAAGUGCAGAUGAGGGAAUGCGGAGAAGGCCACAAGGGACUACUGACUAUGUCAAUAGACAAUGCUGAUCCUGACGCAACGAUUCUUAUUCAUGCUCAACUUUCAAAGACAGCCUUUACCGCCUUCUCUGGCGCGGCAGCGGAAAAGGAAUUUAUACUGAAAGAUAUUGAGAUUCCAGUGGAAACAGUUGAUGAUCGCUGCUUUCUUGUAAGAUACAAAGCGGACUUCGGAACUGUUUUCUGCGCGAGAAGCCUUCACAGCCGUAAUGAAUGGAUGAAUUACCUCCAUGAAGGCAUCUUGUGCGAGGAAACCGGAGUGAAAGGCAAACUGCCUGCAGAGCCAGGGAUAGAAAUGGAAAAGGAAGAAGCUCUAGUGCAAACAAUGCCAGUGGAGGAGCCCUCUGGAAUCAAUAUCCACCUCGUCACUCCAAGCCCUCCAUCGCCAAGCAUACACGAGUUCCCUAACCCGGCGGCCUCGGUUAAUCCUCACAACCCGAACAGCCUAGAUGCUGACGGCGAGGAGAAAACUGCAGAAGAAAUCGCUGCGAUUAAUGAAGCAGCAGCUGAGCAGCGGCUUGUGAGCCUCAAGGACCCGCGUGUUCCGGAAACAGGAUUUGCAAGGAAGUCAAUGGAAUAG